AGACAACAGCGAAGUCAGCUCUGGAGGUAGGAGGCUUGGACGUCUCGAUUCGAUGAACCGGAAUACUGAAAGACGCUGGGGAUUGCCAUGAAUGGGGAUAUUGUGGCGUUCAGUAACGCCUCUCAUCACAUAGCUAGCCGUGCAAUUUCGGACGCUGAAGUUCGAGUGUUGCCUCAGUAAGAUCAAAGGUUCCAAAGUUAUCCUCAUCCGAAACACAAGAGGUGAGACGAAAUCCACUCUAUUCUUCCUUCGGUGUAAUCAGAGCGAGGGCAUUGUCACCCAACCCUGCGAACUUCUUAUGAAGUCACCGAAAGCGUUGCAUAACGCACCUGAAUCUAUCACGCACGCGGUUUCUUCUUCGCCGGCCGCCUGACGCACUGGACGAGCUUCAGACCACUCACCUGUGCGUACACCAUGUCCUCCCGCGUCACAAGGAAACGAGCUCGCACAGAAGAAGAACCAGCAGAACAACAAAUGCAUGGUGUGAACAUGGACGUCGACUCUCUCAACCCAUCGGACCCUGGGCCUACGAUGUCUGCUCUCAAGCGCGACGGGGAGUCCUGGUUCGACGACGGAACGGUCAUCCUGCUCGCAGCUGACGUAGAGUUCCGUGUAUACAAUGGAAUCCUAUCGGGCCACUCCCCCGUCUUUCAGGACAUCUCCGUCCAGGACCACCCCCUUCGGGCCGUCUGUAUCGAUGAAACGCAGAACAUCACCUGUUCAGUCGUCGAAUUUUCCGACUCUCCUGAGGAUCUGCGGCAUGUAUUGCGCGCAUAUAUGCCAAGGGAGGACGCAAGUCUAUCUGGGAAGGGACCACCUUCAUUCGCCCAGCUCUCCGCCUCUGUCCGCCUCGGAAAGAAGUCCGAAAUUCCGCAACUGUACGAACAGUCGCUCGCGGUUCUCAAACAAUACUUCACGGACGACUUCUGGACGUGGCGCAGCCAACGCAUAUGGGUUCCCGAAAGAUUCUACACCGUCGAGGCGAUUGGCGUGGUCAACCUCGCUCGUCUCACCGGGGAAAUGUCGAUCCUCCCUACAGCGCUCGUAUCCUGUUUGGUGCUUGGAUCUGACAUCGUCGACGGCUUUGAGAGGGAAGACGGCUUCAAGGAGAAUCUCACACUGGAAGACCUCGGCCUCUGCAUCCGGGCGCAAGCGGAAAUCGGGAAGGCCAGUGUAGGCAGCGUCUUCCGUCGCUUCAAGCCAACCGUCUCUGCCGGGUGCAAGACUGCAGAGUCGUGCGGAGCCGCGUUCCGUAAGGUGUUGUACGGACUUGAACAACGCAUGGAAAUUCUGAUCUCUGGGAAUCCUCUCGCCGAGUACACAGCCUAUCUAGGGGGAGAGAACAUUGGUCUUUGCGCAUAUUGCCUCGAGAUGCUCGAGGACAGAGACGACAAGGGGCGCACGGACAUGUGGAAGCGCUUUCCGGAUCUGCUAGGGAUUGAGGUUCCAGGUUGGGAAGAGGCAGCAACAGUACAGCCCGAGGACCGAGAAACGCUGCAUCCUGAGAGGUACAGAUGCCUGCUUGGGUAUUCUCUUACCACUCCAUCGGCUGAAGCGCGAAAACAGGUAUCAAUUGAUAAUGCUAGCAUGCGUUAG